AUGGGUUCACCAGAGGAAGAAGAGGACCGUGACAUGGGAGGCUCCCAGGACGGAAGCUCCGAUAACGAGAACGACAACGAUAUGGAUGACACAAUGCGCGACGUCGACGAUGGCGAGGGCGACAAUGAAAAUGACCAAGACGGAGAUGGGGAUCAAGACCCCGAUAGCCCCUCGAAUGCGAGCCAGACGUCGGAGGGCCCUGGCAUGCAACAAAACACGAAUGGCAAUGGCGACAAUUCCGAAUUCGAACCCUUCUCCAUUUACCACCCAAGUGUGCGCCCUGAAUGCCUCACAGCCCGAACAUACGAUGUGGUUCCAACUACCGCCGCGCCGCAUGCCACCUCGAUCAAUGCAAUCACAGCGACGGCGGAUAUGCGUUGGAUUUUCACCGGUGGAUCGGAUGGAUACGUACGAAAGUUCAAUUGGGCAGACUCGAUAAAUAGCAAGCUCAUGUUGACUGUGGCGCAAAGGCAUCCGUUCGUGGACAGUGUGGUCAAAGCUGGAGUCCUGAUGACAUAUUGGGAGAACAUGGAUGGCAGCCAUUUGUCACCGGUGUACUCUUUGGCCAGCCAUAGUGAAGGAUUGUGGCUACUUUCCGGGUUAGAAUCCGGGGUGAUUCGUCUGCAAACUCUGCGUCACGAGGAAGGCAAGGAAAUCGCGCUUCUUCGACAGCAUACCUCGGCAGUGUCAUCACUGAACCUCACAUCAGACGAAGAAUCAUUGCUCUCCGGCGGCUGGGAUAAACGGGUCUUCGACUGGGAUCUGAAUACCGGCCAAGCUAGACGAGCUUUUGGUGGCAGCGGCGGACAAAUAUCUGCUCUGCAGAUUCGGCCAGAGUCCAGCCUUUCGGUCCCCAAGGACACAGUCGAACCGCAGCAGACCAAUGGCACGUUUACAUCAAACUAUGCUGCCCCUAGUACAGAUAACUUCAACUUCAUGGAUACCUCCCACGACAAUGGAGACACGGGCCCAGUCGAGAACCCGCAGGCGGGCUCCCCGGCCGACUCACUUUUUGGCGGAACGGACUCAUUAUUCGGCGACGCAGAUGGCGGAGCUACGGAUGGUAAUGAGCCAUCUGGUGGAGUAUUUGCGGUAGAUGAGGACGAUGAAUUUGGUCGCGCUGUAGCUAAUGGUGCUAUGCCGGAUGUCGAUGCACCAGGAGAAGUUGACGAUGAAGUGCCUGCCCAACUAGAUGGGCCUGCACAGAGCACGCACGAUGCAUUAUCGCCGAAAACAAAUACCCAUGCAGAUGCGCCAGUCCAGAAAAUGGAGAUGGACGAUGCGGGUAUCUCGACCGGCCCAGUGCAGCCGGUUGUCAAUGGACUCCCUAAAGCAGAGGAUCUCGAGACACCUCAACCAGCCCCAGACUUCUCGGAAAAUACCCAACAACAGCAAGGCGUGACGACCGAUAACACAUUCCUGGCUGCCUCAAUCGAUGGGACAAUCAGAGUCUGGGAUCGACGACAGCCUGAUCCUGUUGCUCGAGUCACACCCUACAAUUCUCCUCCAUGGUGUAUGAAUGCCUGUUGGUCUCCUGAUGGAAAUUAUAUUUAUGCCGGACGCCGAAAUGGCACUGUCGAGGAAUACAGCCUCCACAAGGGUUUGAGAAAUGCCGAACGAACAUUCAAAUUCCCACAGGGGAGUGGGCCGGUGACAGCACUCAAGGCCAUGCCGAAUGGGCGUCAUCUUGUCUGUGCCUCGCACGAUAUCCUUCGUCUCUAUGACCUGCAAAACGAGCAAGGCGAUCAGACUUCUCGCCAUUCCCCAGUCCCAUUCUUGAUCAUUCCUGGUCAUCGGACUGGAACUAUCUCUCAGCUGUAUCUUGACAAUGCAUGCCGUUACCUGAUUUCCACCAGCGGAAACCGGGGUUGGGAAGGAAAUACCACCGAAGUCCUCCUAGGUUACGAGAUCGGUGUGCCGCAAUAG